CAGCUCAGCCGCGAAUGCUGAUUCACGUCUGAGGCACAUCACAUCGCCGCCGAGAUCUUCCUUGGCAUUGUUCACGAUAAGAAGCAUAGGAAAGCAUAUAGAAACAGGAGUAGAUCACUCAACCUCUCAAGCCUGUUCCACAUUCAUAGCUGUUGGCUGGGAAUCUGAGUUGCAUUGCCUGUGAACCUUCAGUCCUUGAAAUCUAAGAUGGCUGCCACUAUCCUCUCUCGGCAACUAACUAACAUAUUGCAGCAGAACCUGAGGUUUUCAUUGCCACGAUCGCGAUAUGUUAGUCAGUCUGCGAACAAGACGGAUGUGGAUGACGAGUUUGAUGGACCAUUAAUGAAAACCGAAGUACCGGGUCCAAAAUCUCGGAAGUUAAUGAAGAAGCUGAAUGAGUUACAGAACACAGGUGCAGUGAACUUCUUCUGUGACUAUGAGGAGAGCCGGGGUAAUUACUUGGUGGAUGUUGAUGGCAACAGGAUGCUUGACCUCUACACACAGAUCGCUUCCAUCCCUCUUGGUUACAACCAUCCAGCACUGGUUAAAGUGCUGCAGAAUCCAGAAAAUGCGAGCACUUUUAUAAACAGACCUGCUCUGGGCUGCCUGCCUCCUGAGAAUUAUGUUGAGAAACUGUCUGAGACACUUCUUUCAGUUGCUCCAAAAGGUUUGAAGCAAAUACAAACUAUGGCAUGUGGUUCCUGUUCCAAUGAGAAUGCCUUCAAAGCAGCUUGCAUCUGGUAUCGAAACAAAGAAAGAGGGAAAGCUAUACAUACAAAGGAAGAACUGGAAUCUUGUAUGAUCAAUCAGGCACCUGGUAGCCCAGACAUAACUAUUCUAUCCUUCAUGGGUGGUUUUCAUGGAAGAACUUUCGGCUGCUUGACAGCAACCCAUUCUAAGCCUGUCCACAAAGUGGACAUCCCAGCCUUUAACUGGCCCACAGCUCCAUUUCCAACACUGAAAUAUCCUCUGGAAGAGUUUGUGAGGGAGAACGCACAGGAAGAAGAAAGGUGCUUGGAGGAGGUGGAAGACUUGAUAGUAAAGUUUAGAAAGAAGGGAAGAAACGUGGCUGCAAUUAUCAUUGAGCCAAUCCAAUCUGAGGGAGGAGACAACCAUGCAUCAGAUGACUUUUUCAAAAAACUGCGAAACAUUGCCAAAAAGCAUGGCUGCGCUUUCUUGUGUGACGAAGUACAGACGGGAGGAGGUAGCACCGGCAAGUUUUGGGCUCACGAACACUGGGGUCUGGAUGAUCCAGCAGACAUCGUAACCUUCAGUAAGAAGUUUCUCUCGGGAGGCUACUUCUACAAGGAUGAGCUAAGGCCUGACGUUCCCUACAGGAUUUUCAACACAUGGCUAGGAGAUCCUUCAAAAAGUCUCAUGUUUGCUGAAGUACUUAAUGUUAUUAAGAGAGAAAAACUCUUGGACAACGUCAUUGAAAGUGGCAAGGUCCUAUUACAGGGUCUUAAGGAUUUACAGGUUCUCUAUCCACACAUCCUGAAUAAAGCCCGGGGAAAAGGGACAUUCUGCUCUAUAGAUGCACCCAAUGAAACAAUAAGGAAUCAACUUGUCUUGAAAAUGAGAAAUAAAGGUAUUGUACUUGGUGGCUGUGGGGAAAAGUCCAUUCGUUUCCGUCCUGCUUUGGUGUUCAGGCCACACCAUGCAAAUCUCUUCCUAAAUGUUUUCAGUGAUAUUCUGGCUGUCCACAAAUAAAAAUGUGAAGCAGCUAGCAGCACAAAAGGAUCAACAGCCCACAAUCAUACUGUUCAAUAGAUUGCAAUCUAGUGAUUUUACAAAUUAUGUAACCAUUUGUUCAAUGUUGAUAUCUACCAUUUCCAUCAGUACUUUAAAAAUCAAUAAAUAAGGGUGAGUUUGACCUCUAUAGCUAAUUCAAAUGUGUAAUUAUUGUAACAUUUAACAUUCUAUUCCACUAAUGUGAAUAUACAUCUAAUAACAUUACAAGAAAUCAGUGUUAAUUUUCCAUUGUCAGAUGCCUUGGGUGUAAUGGCGUAAGUUGAACAAUAUUCCAUUUAUGUAACUUCAGUUUCAUAAUUAAUCUGGUAAACAUUUUUGUAAUUUUUACUGAUAUUUUGUAUCACAUGACAGGUGUCAAUUAAUGGCAUUCAUGACAUACAAUAGGAUAUUUGCUAUCUGUUCUAAAAUGCUCCAUAUACUACUUUGUGAAUUAAUGGUGGAUUAUGUCAAAAUCAUUUCUGUUCAAUUGAAACACAUUAUGCGUUUACUAUUUUAAAUAACCAGAAAGCCUAGUUGUUUGAGUAAGAUGUGUCUUAAGCUUGAUCAGUUCACUAUAUAUAGAAAUUGAGAUAAAUUUAUUCACCAUGGCCAUCUAUAUAUCCCAAUAAAACCCAGUUUCUUCAAAUGUUAUAUAUUAUUGAAAAAGGUUAUCUAGAAUUGUACCCUAUGUUUUCAUUAAACUAAUAGAGUACA